AUGGCUGAUGAUGAUGUUGUUAGUCACACUCCAACAAACCCUAAUGUUGGAGAAAACGAUCCCGACCUCAACCUGAAUGAGGAAGCUACACCAUUGUCUCCCCGUAGUGAACGCUUAUUGAAACGACUUACAACUUUUGUUCAACAAACUUUUGAACAUCAUAAGCAUGACAUAGAAAAGGGUAAAGAGAAAGAGCUGGGUGGUCUCUCAAAACCCAAAUCUGAACGGUUGUCAUUUAAAAGCUUCCGAAGUAGUGGUGCUACUGAAUUCACUGGACUCUCUGAUCCGGUAAUCGCGGUGCAGUGGCUUCAAAACACUGAAAAAUUGUUUCGAAUUUCCCGAGUGAUGAAUGAGGAUAAAGCGAAUUAUGCUAGUGCAAUGUUGAUAGAGCAUGCACUCACUUGGUGGGAUGCAACUUUUGAAUCCCUGACUGAAAAUAAACGAGAAAGCUUGACCUGGGAGUCUUUCAAGACUCGUUUCCUUGAGCAAUUCUGUCCGAUCGACUUGCAACGAAGGCUUGAGAAAGAAUUCUUGGAACUCAAGCAAGGGAACAUGUCUAUGAUUGAGUACGAGACUCAAUUUAAUCGUAAGGCAUAUUUUGCCUUACGAUUCUUAUCUUCUGAACAUGAUCGAAUAGAGCAUUUUGUUGAUGGUUUGAGGAAGGAAAUCCGGGAGUUUGUUGUUAAUCGUUAUAUUCCGAGUUUCAAUAAAGUUGUGGAGUAUGCUCGUCGCCGUGAACACGAUUUAACAAAAAUUGAGGAACCAACUUCUGAAUCAAAGAGGCAACGAACUGAAAGAACCUUCUCUGUACCUACUCAGCGACAAUCUCGAUCUUUCACUCCUAGAAGGAGUCAAUCUCAAAACAUUCCGCGUGCCCAAUCACAAGAAGAAAGUAAGGCGUCAAUGCAGCAACCGGCGGUGGGUGGUGCUUCAAGUCAAAAGGAGGAGAUACCCAAAGCACGAGCUCGAGCUUUUCAGAUUACCGCGGAGGAGGCUCACAAUGAGGCAGACGUCAUUACUGGUAUUUUCUUUGUUAACUCUAGACCUGCUUGUAUCUUGUUCGAUUCUGGAACUACAAAUUCUUUUGUGUCACAUGUCUAUGUUCGUUAUUUAGAAUCUGUGCCAGUUAUGCUUUCUAUACCAUUUACCGUUGAUACUGCUAAUGGAGUCACUUUGGUAGCUGAUAGAGUGUUUAGAGACUGCACUUUAGUGUUAGACGAACAUGACUUUUUAGUAGAUUUGAUUCCUAUGGAUAUCCGUGGUUUCAAUAUCGUGAUUGGUAUGGAUUGGUUAGUGAAGAACCGUGCGGAUAUCAUUUGUUCUCAGAGGAUGAUUCGGGUACCAGUUGAGAAUGGAGACUACUUAUAUAUUUAUGGGAAAAGACGUAUAGGCGACUUGAAGGUAAUAUCUAUGCUUAAAGCACGACGUUAUAUUGCUAAGGGUUGCUCUUCUUUCAUGGCAUAUGUUUUGGAUGCAACYAAAGAAAUGAAGAAAACUGUAAAAGAUGUACCAAUUGUGUGUGAAUUUCAAGAUGUUUUCCCUGACGACUUGCCUGGGGUACCGCCGGAUAGGCAAGUAGAAUUCCGUAUUGAUUUAGUGCCGGGUGCUGCACCUAUUGCAAAGGCACCUUAUCGCCUUGCACCAACCGAGAAGAAAGAGAUGAUGAGUCAGUUGCAAGAAUUGCUAGAUAAGGGCUUUAUUAGACCGAGUACUUCCCCUUGGGGUGCUCCGGUAUUGUUUGUUAAGAAGAAAGAUGGAUCCUUUCGUAUGUGCAUCGAUUACCGCGAAUUGAAUCAGGUAACGAUAAAGAACAAAUAUCCAUUACCGCGUAUAGAUAACUUGUUCGAUCAAUUGCAAGGCGUAACUUAUUUUUCAAAGAUUGAUUUGAGGUCAGGUUAUCAUCAACUCAAGGUACAUGAAGAAGAUGUACCAAAGACAAUUUUUCGUACCCGAUACGGACAUUAUGAGUUUCUUGUUAUGCCAUUUGGAUUGACUAAUGCCCCUGCAGCCUUUAUGGAUAUGAUGAACCGAGUGUGUCAUCCUAUGCUUGAUAAGUCUGUUAUCGUUUUCAUCGAUGACAUUCUGGUGCAAUUCUUGGGACAUGUGAUUUCUGGCGAUGGCAUUUCUGUGGAACCAUCCAAGAUUGAAGCUAUACAGAAGUGGGAGCAACCCAAGAAUGCUUCUGAMGAUUUCUCAAAGAUUGCAGGACCGCUUACUUCACUUACCCGUAAAGAAGUGAAGUUUGUAUGGACUAAGGCUCAAGAGAAUGCAUUUCAGACUUUGAAGAAUUGUUUAACUCAUGCACCGAUUCUUGCUUUACCCGAGGGCAAUGAUGACUUUGUAGUACAUGGUGAUGCUUCUAAAUUAGGUUUGGGAUGUGUGUUGAUGCAGCGAGGCAAAGUAAUUGCAUACGCCUCUCGACAAUUGAAAGAAUAUGAGAAGAAUUACCCCACUCAUGAUCUUGAAUUGGCAACUGUUAUGUUUGCUCUUAAACUUUGGAGACAUUAUCUCUAUGGCACAAAGUGUCAGUUGUUCCCUGAUCACAAGAGUUUGAAAUAUAUUUUCGACCAACAAACUCUGAAUAUGCGUCAACAGAGAGCUAUGGAAUUAAUCAUAGAUUACGAUUGUGAAAUUCUAUACCAUCCUGGUAAAGCCAAUGUAGUGGCAGAUGCAUUGAGUCGGAAGCCACACGGGACCAAUAUUUGCUAUGCUAUCACUCAUGUGUCAAUGAAGUCUACUCUUAUCGAUGAUCUUCAUAGGUGGCAAAUCGAGGCAUUAAAGCCAGAACACCUGAAGUUUGAACGUAUGGUUGGUUAUGUAGACUGCUUAUCUGAAGAAAAGCGUGGUCUCAAAGUCUUUAAAACCCGAAUUUGGGUGCUGAGACUUGGGGGUUUGUGA